AUAUAAAAAAUGAAAGAUUUGAUUCUAUGAUUUAUAAUUACACCCCAAUAUUUUAAGGACCUCACUUUUAUUUUUCUCACUCUUCUCCCUACUCACCUUUAUAUGUUUAUACUCUUUCAACUUCUUACCUCUAGUCCUCUACACACACCAAAUUAUUCCAUAUUAGUCUUAGCUUCUUCUAAUCAUAAUUGAAGUUCUUCAUUCUUUUUUGAUUCAACGAGAAGCUAAGAAGAAUAUGGGUGUAGUAGAUAUACAAGGCAAGCUCAAAUUGGCUAUUGGCUCUAUGAAAGAUCAUGCAUCUAUUGGUAAGGCCUUGAUGAACCAUCACCAAUAUAAUGGCUUUACAAGCAUAAAUAUAGCAGUUCUGCGUGCCACCGGUCAUGACAAUGGCACCAUUGAUGACAAAUACAUGCAUGAGAUCCUCUUCCUUGUCUCAAACUCUCCGAAUUCCAUCCCCUUUCUUGCCGAGAGGAUCUCUUGCCGCCUUGCCAAAACCAAGGACAGCCUUGUUGCCCUCAAGACCCUUGUCCUGAUCCACCGCCUCCUCCGAGGCGGAAACAGGUCAUUUGAAAAGGAAUUAUGCAAGGCACAUGUUUCUGGCCAUUUACAAAUCAGUACAAGGCCAUGUUUCACAAAGAAUGGUUAUGAUCGUUCACUUGGAUUCCUACAAAAAUAUGCUUCUUACAUUGAAGAAAGGAUGAGUUGGCUAAUCAACCAAGCGGGGAAGCUUGAACCAGCAAUUGUUUCAAAAGGGUUAGAGUUUAGGAGCUAUGAUGAGAAAUCCAUUGACAUGGUAUUCAGAACAUUGCCAAAAUGCCAAGUUCUCAUUGAUAAGGUUUUGGAAUUCUCAUCAAAUGAUAUGUUGGGGUCAGAUCAUAGCCUUGUUGCUCAAGUUGCCAUGAGCAACACCUUGAGGGAAAGCUUCCAAGUUUAUGUGACAUUCUCUGAGGGGAUCGCAGCACUUGUCAACAUGCUCUUUGAUCUAACACCAUCGGCAAGAGGACUGGCAUGUGAGAUUCUGAAGAAAGCUUCAUUGCAGAGCCAAAGGCUCCAUGAUCUCUAUGCAAGUUGCAAGAAAAUUGUUAGAAACAAAAGUUUGGAUUAUCCGUUUGUCCAAUUAAUCAGCAUGGAUCAUAUAAUUGCAUUGGAUCAAUAUGGUAGUCCAAAAGUUCAACCUUUGGCUUCACAGUCACAUGUCUCUUUAUCAAGAAGAAUGGGAAUCUCAAACCCACCUCAGAUUUCAAACCAAUUCAAAGGAUCAUCACCAGAAAGGGAAAAGAAGGAAGAGAAAAUUGAGAUAAAUUUGUCACCACCUACUACUCAUUUUUCAUGGACACUAGAGACUAAAAUAAGCAAGGUAUGGGUGCUAUUUGAAGAUGAACCUACCAAUGAAUCACAAGUGUAGUGCUGAAUCCAUUUUCACCUAUUGCUGAUACAAGAAUGUUCUCCAAAGUUUGAACCUGAAAUCAACUAUAUAGGUUUGGGUGAGUUUCUUCAAUAGUUUUGGUAAACUAAUAAUGCUGUGAAUCCCUUUCACUGUGGUGUGCCAAAUAUAUUAUUAAUUGGAGAGUAAUUUGGUAAAGAAGAAUGUAAUUUUUUUUAGGGGAAAAAAACAAUGUUGCUGUGGAAAAUAUAGGACACAAAUGUUAUAAAAGUGCACAACAAUAGAAUAGGUUAUUUUCAGUUAUAUAUAAGGUUAUGUUCAUAGUUUUAAUUCAUUAUUGUAUACAAAGCUUUUGGUCAUUCAACAUACAUAGACGGAAAUGUUAUUAUUGAUUGGUAUUUGUUAUUGUUUCAAAAUUUGGUGAAACCAUAUAUAUUGGAUUAU